AUGGACCUGACCGACAACCGCGCCCAACAAAAUCACUUUCUUCCAAAAGUAGAACGAAGUCCAUCUUAUUCGCGAACGAUCCCUAUUCUUCAAGCUCCAAACAGACAUACUUCUGCUCACUCAUCAGAUGAACGGAUGGAAGUUGUAACACCCAAACAAAACAUUAUGAGAGCACCUCCAGUCCGGAUGAGUCCGGAAAACGAAACGAACGGUGUACAUGACCAAAUCUCAAUGGGUGAACACUCACACAACAAUAGUGCCCCUGGGCUGAACGCUUCGGCGGUAACAAGCGGUCAGCAGCCCAAGGUUGUGCAGACGGCAUUUAUACAUAAGCUCUAUAAUAUGCUUGAGGACCAGAGUAUUCAGCAUUUAAUAUCCUGGUCCAACUCUGCAGAAAGUUUUGUAAUGUCUCCAUCAAAUGAUUUUUCCAAAGUUCUAUCUCAAUACUUCAAACACACUAAUAUCUCGUCAUUUGUACGCCAAUUAAACAUGUAUGGAUUCCACAAAGUCAGCGAUGUAUUCCACACAGGGUCACCAGAAUCUCCGCUAUGGGAAUUCAAGCAUGGAAAUGGUAAUUUUAAACGAGGCGAUCUCGUGGGACUUCGAGAAAUAAAGCGGCGGGCAUCAAGACAUGCAUUAGUACACAGAGAUUCUUACUCUGGGCCAAAGCCCCCACCCCCUCCAUCAGGUGUAUCUACAGACACCAUGCAUACACAUCAAUUACAGGCCCAUGAAUCCACCGAAUCAAGAUUGACUAAUCUUGAGAAUACAACAUAUGAAAUGCACGCCAUUAUUCACAAAAAUGAAGAAAAUCUGAAUGUCAUGCAUGCCAGAAAUCAGGCUAUCAUGGAGGCCUUGGCGCGGUCUUUGCAGCUGAACCAUGAAAUGUCCCGGGUUGUACUCUCUAUGAUUCCAAAUUCUGACAUACCCAUUCACCGUGAUGCGGUCAACAUGCAAACUGAGAUUCAAAGACAAAUCGAGAUUAUACGAUCAUUAGAUGAAAUUACCGAACCUCACUUCGCGAACAACCGACCUUUCUCCAACCAAGCACUUGAUAAUGGCCCAGUAUCACCACGCCAAACACCACCCGAUGACCCUAGACGGGUUCCUACGAUAAGCGUUGCUCCUCGUAACAGUCAUCAUAGACCACCAUUACCGUCUCAUAUCUUUCCGAGUCCACGCCGAUUUAGUCCUAUGGGCACUAAUACGACACAAUUGUCGCCUAACUCCUUGAGGAUGCAAACUUCCCCCUAUCAACCUAGUCAUCAGCCACCACACCCACUUACAAACUCAACACCUCCUACAAACCUUCCGCGUCGUCAUACCUCUGCAGAUAUUCGCAACCCUCAUGGUUGGCAGGCGCAUUCAUCCUCCUAUGGUGCUGGACAAAGCUCGACACAUUGGUCAUCCCCGAAGCCUGGUCAAGCGAACUUAAAUGAAGAGCAGCAGAUCCAAGAUAGUUUUAACUCUUACUCCUUGGCCUCUGCUUCACAGCUCCGCCCUGAAAAUAUUUGUCCAACCACCCCCCCACCAAAUUUCAAUAACUCAUCUAAUGAUGUAACAAAUAACUGGACCGUAUCUAGGAGAGAAAAGUCUGGGUGCCUUUUAAAGGAGCCAGCUGGUCUCCCCACACGCAGAGGUAGCAUGGCACAUAUAUUGAAUCCUACAGUAACAACUGAACGAAUAAAAGAAGAUGAAGAGCCUAUCCGAGAGGACGACAGAAAAAGGAAGCGAAUACAGUAA